GUCUUUUAACAGAAGGCACAAUCACAAAUGGUGCGCCAUGUGAUUCUUCUUCUAUGCCAGUUUGUGAAUUACAUUGAAGUGAAGAAAUUACCAGUUUCACCCUUCGGAACAAGAAAAGGAAGAUCCAAGCUUUACGCAGAAAAUGACAAUCUUAUUCUUUCCGAUGUUGGAUUAGCAGAGAAACGAGUUUGUCAUGCUGUUCUUAAUGGUAAUGUGAGUAUGCCUCCUGUUUUGCAUCAGAAAGACGAUUGAUAAAUUCAUCUGCUUGCUGUGAAUGUUUAACUAGCCCUUUGAUUUGCUUAUAAACAAAAUUUAGGCUG